AUAUAGCUCGACUAGAAAGUGAAGCGCGAUGUGAUUGGUCGGCUGGCGGUCACAUGGCGCAGUGCAGUCCGUCGCUGUGCCGUGCCUGAAGCCAGCCCAGCCCGGAGCCUGUCUGCCAACAGCUACAGCAGCGGAUCUAUUUAGGAACCACUACACUUACUAGCUAGUAAAAAAGACCCUAUUGCUCUUUUUUCCGGGAACUAAUCUUCAUCAUGGGCGACAAAAAGAGCCCUACAAGGCCAAAAAGACAAGCCAAGCAGAGCGCUGACGAAGGCUACUGGGACUGUAGCGUCUGCACCUUCAGGAACACUGCCGAGGCUUUUAAAUGCAGCAUCUGCGAUGUGAGGAAGGGCACUUCUACAAGAAAACCCAGGAUCAACUCCCAGCUUGUUGCUCAGCAGGUGGCUCAGCAGUAUCCAAUGCCUCCCCCGCCCAAGAGGGAACGAAGGGAGAGGGGUGAGCGCACAGACAAAGAGCGCCCAGAUUGUGAAGGUGAGCCCACCAACGGAGAAGGUCGCCCAGAGAUUGAGCGUCCAGAGAGAAUGAGUCCAGAGGUAGACAGUCCUGCAAUGGAAAAGGAUGACAAGGAACAGCCACUGGCAGACAAGCCUGACACGGAGGACAUCAUCCCAGCUGUCACAAAGAAGCCUAACAGCAAAAAGACAAGGCCCAAAUCAGAUCGCCAUCACAGCCCACCCAGUGACAAACACAGCAUACUAUCUGGCAAAUCAGCAACCAAGAGCAAUAAAGACUCUCACAUUUCCAGGACAGUGAAGAGAGACAGGAAAUUUGGGGAGUAGAGAGCUUGGAA